AUGACUAUUUGUUACACUAAUUGGAUAACACUCAAAGGACCCCAAGUUUCUCAGACGGUCAAAGAAGUCUUACAGUCCCUUGUCGACGAUGGCCUUGUCCAGGGUGAUAAAAUCGGUGCUUCAAACUUUUUCUGGAGCUUCCCUUCGCAAAAAGGAACCAUUGUCCAAAAUCGCCUGGACAACGUAAAAGAGACAAGGACUAGCUAUGAGGCUCAGCUAGCUGAGCUAAAAACAGCUAUCGAACACGAGAGAACUCUCAGACCCUCUAAGCCAGCAUUGGAGCAGCUUACUUCCAUGAAAAAGCAGCUCGCUGUUCUGCAGGAAGAAAUCGAUGCUUACGGGGCUUGUGAUCCCGUGAAAGUGGAGGAGAAAAGGAGAGCUGUCACACUGGCACAUGAGGCGGCAGUGCGGUGGACAGACAACUAUUCCAUCCUUCUUUCACAUUUCACUCGCCAAACUGGGAUGGACGCACAAGACAUCAGGAGGUAUCUGGAGAUCGGCGAUGAUUAUGAAGAUAUAUUCUGAAGUUUCGUCCAUUCGUAACAACUAUACUAUGUCUGAAUGAUUUGUACAAAAACUUUCUCUGUCGUCACUAAAUGUACUGUUGCGUCCCCUCUCCAUUGAUAUAAUCACCGGUCGCGGUGCAACUUUGAAGGUGGACAAUUCUCUGAUCGAUGAGGCAGACCCACUAUCCCGUGAGUUAAGACUCGCAAGGAGGGUAUUGCAGUACAGCGAGCAAAGAGGUAAGUCGAACAAGACGUACACCGCAGUAUUUGGAAAGCCAAGAUA